CUCUAUAGUGCAUAUGCCGGAUUUCCUAAUUGUUUCUACAAUUUUUAUAUAAAAAGAAAUGGAUGUGAAUAUGAAGAAUGAAAUAAAUUGUGAUAAAAUAGAAAAGGCAAGUCAUAUUAUUAAUGACUUAAACCCUGAUAAAAAUGUAACCGAGGAAGAGUUUCAAAAUUUCAUGCACCGUGUUACCGAAGUAGAAAAAAUAGUCAAGAAGUUAGCAUCUUCUGAUCCAAAGGAACAAGAAUGUGGAAAAAAGUUAGCUGAUGAAAUUUUAGAAAAAAAUGUUCAAAAGGAAAUUUAUGAAGAUGAAGAGAUAAAAAUUAAAACUAAUCGAUCAAUAAUUAAUAAAUAUUCUUCAAAGGAGGAUAGUUCUUUCAAUGAUCCAAACAAGAUAUCGCGAGAAAUGUUUAUGAAGAACAUAGAAGAUGAUGCUAGAAAACGAACUGAAGAUCGUAAGAUAAGAAAUGAACGAGCAGAAACGUUAAAGAGAAUUGCAAAUGGUGCAUUCAAAGAAGGAGAUUACGAGAAGGCCGUGACUUAUUUUAGUAAAGCAUUAGAACAACGUAAAGAUUCGUCUGUAUUAUGGAAUAACCGUGCGUUAUCGUAUAUGCAUCUCGGAUUAUUCGAAAAGGCCUUACACGAUUGCGAAUGGGUGUUAAAACUGAAUGAUUCAAAUUUGAAAGCUCUUUUGAAUAGCGCUAAAUGUUAUUUGAAUCUUGGAAACAGGGAGAAGAGUAAAGAAUACAUACAGAUAGCCAAAGAAAGAAAUCCUUAUUUCAACAAAUUUAUUAAUGGUAUUAUGGGUUUAUUAGUGGUAUUGAAUAUUUUUAAACAACUUAAUUUUAUAUCAUUUCAUAUAACAACUACUUCAUAUUUUACAGAAUUUGAAGAAAAUUUAGAGAUGAAAUUUAACAAAUUCAAUAUUCAGGUAAUUAAUGAUGAAAUAUAGUAACCUUUUUAAAGGGAUAAUGUAGAAUAUUGUUUCAAUAUAAAAUAUUAUAAUAAAUUAGCAAUAAAAGUAUAUUUGGUGUCGGCAUAUACUUUCUUUGUAAUUGCCUAAAUAAUAAGUAAUAUCAAGAUGGUUCUAUUUUCAUUGCAUUACUUUCUUUCAUUUCUGAUAGAGAUCUUGGUUCAUGUAAAAAAACUGUACACUCAAUGCCCUGGAAAAAUGUACAAUGGUAUCUAUAUAGUAUUAACUUUUAGAAAUGUACAAAGAAAUUAAU